CGCGCUUACGUCACCAGCUUGGAAACUCACAUGGAGAGUGAGGUGUUGAAAGAACAGUGUUAACGUUAUUUUUUCAUCAGAAUUGUAAAACGACUGUUUCCUGCAGUGGCAUCCGUGUCAAUAGUUGGCAGAAGAAGUGAAUAAUAAUUAGACUCCGUUAGUUAGAGAAUAUAUGAGCUGACAAAUCAGUCAUUAUUUAGCCUAGGUAACAGGUUAGCUGUACAAGUUAGCUAGCUUAGCUAGCUGGCUGCUCCUUGUUUAUGUCUCCCUCCUCUCCAAUGUGUGCGAGAAACAUCACGUAGGACAUAAAAGACGAUGAAGAACAGUAGUGGAAGAAGAUCAAGGAAAAAGAGGAGGAGAAAACGAGAAGAUGCUCAAAGUGUUACAUUAUCACACGAAGCCCCUUUUGUGAAUCUAAGAAGGUGGCUUAAAAAGAAAGGCUUCGGUUCUCGGUCCUUAAUACCAGCCAGCUUCUCAGAUACUGGAAGAGGACUAAUGGCUACAAAGUCUAUUCAGGCCAAUGAUAUGCUGAUUUCCUUACCUGAGAGGUGCUUGAUGACUACAGGCACAGUUCUGAAGAGUUACAUGGGAGAGUAUAUAAAGAGGUGGCAGCCCCCUGUAUCUCCUCUCGUGGCCCUCUGUUCGUUCCUUAUUGCUGAGAGACACUUUGGAGAUGCAACAGAAUGGAGUCCUUACAUUAAAGUCCUUCCAAAGUCUUACACAUGCCCAGUGUACUUCUCAGAUGAUAUUAUGGAACUCUUGCCUUAUGGUCUUCGAAAAAAGGCAGUGGAUCAAAGAGAACAGUUUCAGGAGCUGUAUUCUUCUUCACAGCCAUUCUUCUUGUCCCUUCAGCCUCUUUUCACCCAGCCCGUGGAGGACCUGUUUACUCAAGAUGCAUUUCGGUGGGCGUGGUGCAGUGUAAAUACACGUACUGUGUAUAUGGAGCAUGCCCAGAGUGACUUUCUCUCAAGGGAGAAAGAUGUCUUUGCACUGGUGCCGUAUCUGGACUUACUGAAUCACUGUCCAAAAGUUCAGGUUGAAGCAGGGUUCAAUAAGCUGACUCGUUGCUAUGAGAUCAGAAGUAUCCAAGGCUGUAGAAAAUUCCAGCAAGCUUUCAUUUGCUACGGUCCCCAUGACAACCAACGACUCCUUUUGGAAUAUGGUUUUGUUGCCCCUGGCAACCAACACAGUGUGGUCUACGUUGAUCUAGGUAUUCUGAAGGUGUGUCUGAAUGAAGGAGACAAACAACUUCGACAGAAGCUCCUGUUCCUGAAGGACAAUGACUUUUUAAAAAACCUCACAUUUGGAAUAGAUGGGCCAUCCUGGAGGCUGAUGAGCGUGCUGAAAUUACUCUCACUGAAGCCAGAACAGUACGCCAGCUGGAAGAGUGUCCUCUUGGGGGCAGCAGUGAGCCAGGAUACAGAGGAGUGGUGCAUUCACAAGGCCCAAAUGCUGUGCCAGCAUCUCAGUGAUGACAAUAUCAAUGCACUGGAAAGGUUAGUUCAGCUCAGAGACGGUGCAGACCAGGCCCGACUGGAACAGCUUGGUGUGGUUGAAGGCCUGAGACGAGAGGAGCGAGCGAUUCUAGAACGCUCCAAAGAAGUUCUCCAAAGCCUUUUGCCACAAUCAUUGCCACGGCAACAGGACGGCAUUCGGAACACAGAACGCUAAAGGAGCCAAAGGAUAUUGUCACUAUUCAUUUUCCUGCCAAGACAUGGAGGAUUUGGCCAAAUCUGUGCAAAGGGGACUUGGAUAUUUUUUGGGCUGCACAAUAGGCCUGUACCCAGUUACCAAGUGUCAGAGCCCAAGCUAGCAAGGCUGUGUCUAAAAUAGGCAAAGUGCUCUGCUGGAUUUACAACCUUCACUGCAUGAAUGGCAAACAACAGACUUCAGUGCUGUGCAGCAGCAAGCCAGUUUGGAGACUUCUUUAGUGGGCGGGGGGACAGAAUAGAAAGUAAAAAUAGAAAAGAAAGACAAGAAAGGCCUUAAAGUAGUGCUUCUCUUUGUGUAAGUGGCAGCUCUUCACCAUAGGACAUGUAAGUGCUAGCUCUAUCUAGGUAUUCAGUCUGAUGGAGUACAGGCUAAUGCUCUAUGGAAGCUGUAAAGAGCUGUUGGAGAUAACUGCAAUAUUUGUAGAGAAAGGAUUUUUCUGGGUCUCUGUGGGCAUGAAAAUGUGGCCUGAUCAUCCUGAUCUGAGACCAGCUUUGCCGUUUAGAACAAGUUUGGGAAAGGAAAAAGCAUAUCAGUACACAGGUAGCUUUCACCCAGCCUUCUGUAACAUGGAACCCAAGAGUGAAUGAAAUACAUUGCAAGGCAAACCAGAGGACAGAAUGCCAAAAUGAUGGAAGUACAAACAGUGUUUUCAGUUUGUUAAAAUGUUUAAUCAGAUCAGUCUUAUCAUUUUUAUACAAUUACAGUGUCACAUCUCAUUUUUAGUGGGGUUAUAGAAAUGUAACAUUCCUUUUUUUGUAAAAUUACAUAUAAAUGUUAACUUAGACAAUGUCUGAUCUAUACUGCAAACAAAGCUGAAAAUCAGUGUUCAGUAGUAACCAAUAAAAAAAAAA